UGGGCGGAGACCAGCCCACCCACCCGCUGCUUCUCUCGUCUGGCUACUAUAUGAGGCUGUGCGAUCAUUCAGCAAGAUACAAUCAAUCUUAGUAGUGGUCUUCUGUAUCUCCUCAUGUGUUCUCUCUCCGUUCGGGCGGAAUCUGCUGCUGCGUAAAAAAGAGGUUGUUGCGUCUGAACGUUCGCCGCCGACGGAGUUAUUAUCUAUAUUUACCGGAGAAACGAGACCUCAACAUGCCUCGGUCAUUCCUUGUGAAGAAGUAUUUUUCCAACAAGAAGCCAUACUACAAGGAAAGCCAUUUGGAAAGCCAAACUGCUUUUGUCCCAGAAAGCUUUCCUCGGGCUGAACUUCCAACACAACACAGCUCUGCCCUGACCUGCUAUCCCACCAAGCCAAUUUUCAGCAGCCUGGACACCUUGCCUGCUCCUCUCUCCCCAGUUACCCCAGUGUCUCUACCCAGUUCACCCCUGGGUCCUCUGGACCUCAGCAGCUCUCCCUUCAGCAGCAGUGGUGAGGAAGAGGAGGAUGGCGGACGUUCUUCAAAUCCCUCGAGUCCAGAUACCAUCCAGCACACCUACCACUGUCUGCACUGCAGUAAGCGCUACAGCAGCCUCUCUGCGCUGUCUCACCACCAGCUCUCCCACUGUACUACCCUGCAGCAGACACCUUCUCUGCCCACCGAGGCAUCUGCACGCCCAGCCUUCCACUGCAAACACUGCCCCAAGGAGUACACCAGCCUGGGAGCCCUGAAAAUGCACAUCCGCUCACACACUCUGCCUUGUGUGUGCCCCACCUGUGGCAAGGCCUUCUCCAGACCGUGGCUGCUCAGAGGACACAUUCGCACACACACAGGUGAGCGACCUUUUGCUUGUCAACACUGUAACCGGGCCUUUGCUGAUCGCUCCAACCUGCGUGCACAUUUGCAGACCCACUCUGAGGUGAAGAAAUACCAGUGUGGCUCCUGCUCGCGGACCUUCAGCCGCAUGUCCCUGCUGCACAAACACAAUGCCUCUGGAUGCUGCCCUGCCUCGUAGACUCACAUUCCUUGGACUGCUCUCAUGAGCCAGUUGAAGCUGCUUGCUGAUUCUGUUCCCCCCUGAUUAGAGCCAGUACACCUGGAUGACAUUUGGGAGAUUGAUUUAAAUCCAGGUCAGGAUGGAAAAAGAAAAUGCAGCUUUUAGAAAAUGACUUGUUUAGUGCCUUAAUUUCAGGACUCUGUAGCUUUAUCAGAUUUAUUUUUUUGUGGUCCUAUCGGUAUUUGCAGCACAUUUUUGAGGUUUCCUGUCAACUGUGUGUGUGUGUGUGUGUGUGUGUGUGUGAUUUGAAGGCAGCUGGACAUGCGGUUAAUUCCCAGGAAACUCCCAUCGGUGCCGGCCGGUCCGGGACUUUAGCCAUGUUGCAGCUGCUUGGGUGUGUUUGUGUCUGUGUAUGCAGGGAUGUCAUUCCUCACUGUACUAUACAUACAUGGCAUACAUGAACAAGUGUGUGUUGAGACAGCUGUCUUGUGCAUGGUGUACUGUGGAGGCAGGGCGGUGAGAGAUGUGUUAGCUGUGGCCUCAAUGACAGGUGACCCUCCACUCACUCCUCAUGUCACAAACACUUUCUGCAGGCCAUAGUGCAUCACUGGACAUGAGAGGACCACUUAAACUUGACCAAAAACACAAUUUGCCUUCACCAAUACUGUCUGUUUACAGUCAAAAUAACAUGUUCUUGGAAGAGUAUUGACCUACAGUUUUUAUGAACUAUUUAGCUGAACAUGCCAUUCAAACAGGGAAUCCUGUUCCUUUUUAAGGUUGUGCUUUUUUUCUGCCACUUGUAAAUAAAGGCUUUGUAAAA